UAUUUUGAUUUUUAGAACAUUUGAUUGACGACGUUUCCGAACUAUUGGUCUUUUGGUAUGUAUUUUCGUUACGUACUGUACUGUCAAAAUUGCGAUGUGCAAUAUUUGUAAACAAUAGUUCUGCUUCUUUUCCCGGGCGGCAUGAAAAACCGCUGCUCACCGUAACCAUGAGCAAACAGAAAUCAUUUGUGCCGGAUAUCCGAAGUACGGCAUACAUUUCAAACCUUCCUUACGAUUUAACCAACAUUGAUGUGCAUAAACUUUUCUCCAAACAUGGAAAAAUUGUGAAAGUGACGAUACUACGUGAUAAAGAGACCAGAAAGAGCAAAGGUGUUGCAUUUGUACUUUUCGCCAAUGCACAGGAAGCGAUGGAAUGUUGCAACGCGUGCAAUAAUGCGGAAAUGUUUGGUCGUACGUUAAAGGCGAGUAUCGCGAAGGACAACGGUAAAUCGGGCGAACAUGCUCAACGUAAACAGUAUCCAGAUAAAAGCCGCUGUUACGAGUGUGGAGAGGAGGGACACAUGAGUUACAGCUGCCCCAGGAAUGUGCUCGGAAGUAAAACACCACCACGAAAGGGUGGCCGUAUGAAAGUGAAACGAAAGCAUCAGAACGAAGAGGAAUCUAAAAAUUGGGGCAGUGAAACCGAAUCGGAUGCACCUGUGGUAAGGUCUGAUGUAGAUACGGCUGCUGUGUGCACCAAAAAGGUAAAGUACAGAAAAAGUGAAUACUUUAGCGAUGACGAAGAACUCGAUACAGAAGAUUGAAGAUUCUAUUUCUAAAACAUUCUAUAAAUUUGUAAAUAAAUUGGUGUAUUUUAAUGUGAA